GUAGAGGAGCUGGGAGUCUGGAGGAACAGGAGCAGGCAGCAGAGAGUUCAGCGGCUCCCGCGUUCGUCCGACACUUAGCUAGAGCUGCUCCCCAGGCAGUGGUGGUGAUGAUGGCGGCGGCUGUAGAGAGAGGAGGCGUCCGGGCCGCUUUCCUGAACCCGAGCAGCGGUGGCGGUGGUGGACCGGCACCGACAACACUCCCGACCGGAGCGUUAGCCGGGGCUGUGGUCCUGGGCUCGGUCUCCGGCAGCAUGCCUGUGCCCAUGAACCUCUUUGCGACCUGGGAGAUAGACCGAUCAUCCCCAAGCUGCGUUCCGAGGCUCUGCACCCUCACACUGAAGAAGCUGGUUGUCCUCAAAGAACUGGAUAAAGAGCUGAACUCCCUGUCCAUAGCUGUGAAAAUACAGGGUUCUAAGCGACUUCUGAGAUCAAAUGAGUAUGUCCUCCCACCCAGUGGACUGAUGGAGACAGAUCUGGAGCUCACAUUCUCACUACAGUACCCCCAUUUUCUGAAGAGGGAUGCCAACAGACUGCAGAUAAUGUUGCAGAGGAGGAAACGUUACAAGAAUCGAACCAUCCUGGGCUACAAAACUUUGGCUGUGGGAGUUAUCAAUAUGGCUGAGGUGAUGCAACACCCAACAGACGGAGGACAGAUUCUGGGUCUCCAUAGCAACGUAAAGGAGGCGCCAGUACGUGUGGCGGAGAUCAGCGUGUUCUCUCUGUCCAGCCAGCCUAUCGACCAUGAGGACGGUAGCAGCCAAGCUGGCCGCAAGACCAAAACCUCAGAUCGUUCCCCAGACAUGGAUAACUAUUCUGAGGAUGACGACGACAGCUACUCGUCAGAGCAGGAAGCCAGCGAUGACGCAGUUCAUGGCCAGGAUCUUUAUGAUGAAGACGAUGAGGUCAGGAAACCCAAGAAAGCUCGUCGGAAAAUGAUCCGAACCACUUCCAUGACCAGGCAACCUAAUUUCAAGCAGAAAUUUGUGGCCUUGCUGAAGAGGUUCAAGGUAACAGAUGAGGUCCUCGACUCUGACCCAGUCGACCAGACCCAGGAGGUGGAGGAGGAUCUGGACUUACUCUACGACAGUCUGGAGGUGUACAACCAGAGUGACAGUGGGCCAGAGAUGGAGGACAAUGAGAGUGUCCUGAGCACUCCCAAGCCCAAACUCAAGCCGUUUUUUGAAGGGAUGUCUCACUCCAGCUCCCAGACAGAGAUUGGAAGCAUACAUAGCCAAAAAAGCCAGCAGAGAGAGCUGUCAUGUCCUAGUGGAGAUUUUCUGACUGUGGACAGAUGUAAAGUGCAAGGAGGCCGAUAUCAAGACGACAGCAUCAUAGACACAACAGUCGGGCCCUCUUGGCUCAUCUUUGCUCCCCCCCUUUUGGUUCAGGAGCCAGAGGCUGAUGACAGUGGGCCAGGGCCAGGAGAGGUGAGCAGCUGGGAUGUCAGCACUGAACGGAUGACCAGCACUGUUGGCAAGCUCUGUAAGACAGAGUCCCAAAACCACAUGUCUCCCAGUAAAGUGGAGAACAGGCUGCAGAGACGUCCUCGCAGCACCUCCAUGAAAGACAGACAGAACUCUAAGGCGCAGAGUGAUAGGACCAGCAGCAUGGAGAGUGAAUGCUCUCCUGACUCACGACUCAUAGCACAGGUUCCCAGGAAGUCUGUGUAUGACCAGCUAAACCAGAUCCUCAUAUCUGAUGAACGCCUUCCGGAGAGCAUCAUCCUCAUCAACACUAUGGAGUGGCAAGGACAGUAUGUAGCCGAGUUGCUCCAUGAACAGGGCCAGCCCAUUGUGUCCACCUGCUCUGCUGCCGAUGUUCAGGCUGCCUUCAACACCAUCGUUACUCGCAUCCAGAGAUUCUGUAAUUGCAAUGCGCAGACACCGCCGACGAUGAAGGUGGCAGUGGCAGGUGACCAGAGUUACCUCAGCACCAUCCUGAGGUUCUUUGUGGAGCAGCUGGCCAACAAAACACCUGACUGGCUCAGUUACAUCCGUUUCCUGGUGAUCCCCAUUGGUUCUCAUCCGCUGGCAAAGUAUGUGGCCUCCUUUGAUAGCCGAUUCAACAGCAUCUUUAUGGACACUGCAUGGAGGGAGCUGUUCUGCAGGACGGAACGGCCCACCUCAGAUAACAUAGAUGUAGCGGGGCGAGUCGUUCAGUAUCUGGCCGGUGCCAACGUGUCCCACCAGUUCCCCAUCUCAGAAGCCAUGCUCACAUACAAACAGAAGAGGAAAAGAAGUUUGUAUUUUGAUUUUUAUAUCAGCCCUGAUGAGGACUCCUGUCAGAAAUUUGUGCCAUUUAUUGGGGUUGUGAAAGUUGGGAUUGUGGAACAAAGUCUCUCAACCUCAGUGGACUCAGAUGAUGCGAUGGGGGGCAACACAGGCAUCCUGUCCUCCCCGACACCCCCAUCGGCUGGUCCGUAUGGAAAGGAGAUCGGAGGCACCCCCCCACAGUCUCCCUCUGUGUCCACCGCCCUGUCUGGAGCUGGCUCUCCAUGUUCGGGCAGUGAGGUGAUGGGGCUCCAGGUGGACUACUGGACGUGGCAAGGUCCAGAGAAGAAGAAAGAGGGAGAGAAGAGAGACGUGGGGCUGAAGAACACUCUGAAGAGUAACUUCCGUUCACUGCAAGUCAGCCGUCUCCCUUGUGGAGGAGAGCUCACCCCUCCACCCAGCAUGGCCAUGACUGUGGUCACCAAGGAGAAGAACAAGAAAGUGAUUUUUCUCAGUAAGAAGCCCAAGGAGAAAGAGCUGGACUCUAAGAGCCAAGUGAUCGAUGGUAUCAGCAGGUUGAUCUGCACAGCCAAGCACCAGCACACGAUGCUGAGAGUCACUAUCGACGGAGUGGAGUGGAACGACGUCAAGUUUUUCCAGCUCGCUGCCCAGUGGCCAACGCAUGUCAAGCACUUCCCAGUGGGGAUCUUUGGUUACACGAAGCCUGUGUGACGCCGAUCACCAUCCACUCAACCGCCAGAUUCUCCGCUGCACUUGUCUCACCGAGAGGCUACAGAGAAUCAGAGGAAAAGCCAAGAGGCCCCCCAGGCAGUAAUAGUUUUCCUGUGGAAAUCUUACUGACUCACAACCACGUAUUCAAUACACAAAUUUCAUGUUGUCUAUUUGAUGUUUUUGAUGUUGAUGUUGUUGGGUGUUGUUGUUGUUUUUUACACACUACAAAAAGAACAAGUACUAUUUUGAAAGAUUUGUGCUACCGCCUCGGAGGUAUUUUGAGGUUUUUGACAAUUUGCCACAUUUCGAUAAUGGCAGCUGUGUUUGCACUUUGUUUUUGUUAACAUUUUAUUAUUUCUGUGAAAUCCUACAUUUAUUGUUACUCUAUAGACAAUGGAGGAGUGUGAUGGUGAUGUGCAGUGGCGUGUGUGAGAUUGUUGGAGACCGUGUUUGUGUUUGUUGUUGAAAGUUGGAAUAUUGCUGUGAAUCUAGAUGGAAUCCUUCUCUCUUCUAACUCAGUACUCAGUUUUCUUACUCAUCCCUUUACUUUCUCAAAAAGGUAAAUUUUUAUAGGAAGGAACGUAAAGUUCUUUUUGCCUUGUUGCUUUUAAGCACACUGCGUACUUAAAGCAAAUUAAACAAAAGACAACUCUAGCAAGGUAUUUGAAGGUAGCUAUAAUGAAUGUAGCUAUGACACAUUUAAGCAGUUCAUCCAGUCAGUUCAUUACUGCAAGUGCUGACAUUUGUAUUGGUGUUAGUGUACAUUUAGACUGUACAGUAACAACCACUUAGAAGCAGGAUAACAACUUAUUUCAUCUCCCAACAGCUGAAUGCCAAAAUGAGUUGUGACUGUAUGAGCUGUCUUAUUGUUUCUCAGUGUCCUGCAGUGUUGUAAUUGGGCCUUCUUGGAGUAAUUUCAGGUUUUAUUUUGUAAACAUCUGUGUUCCACCUUGAUAUACUGGCUUACCUGAGAGGACGUCUCAGAUAGCUGCAGUAACAUAGCAAAUACUGGACUGUGCAGUGAUGUGCCAAAGUCAAGUUUGUUUUACAGUCUAAUCACAAGAGCUCUUGGCUUGGCCAAACUUCAUAUUAUGUUCAACUGAAAACGAAAAUUGUACAUUUAACGUGUUCGUGGUCUCAGUGGAGGUCAGUAUUAGGAUUACUGAGUUAUUCAUAUGUGACAAAUUUACCAGUUAGCACUCCACGUCUGGCCAAAUGUAAACGUAUGAAGCAUUUCUACGAUGGGUGCAAAUCCUAACCAAGCAAUUACCAUUGUGUCCUUUAAUAUAGCUUCACCGUGGCUGGAUGUGCAAAUAGUACCUAACCUAAAAUAAACUAAUAGGCCUGGUAGUUCAGUAUUGUAAAAGCCUAUUAUGGGAAAAUUACAGAUUAGAAUGACUUUGUCUGACUUGAAACAUGCUUUGACGGUAGCGUCGAGCGCAAUGCAAGUAUUGAAUUGCUUUUAAAAUAUGACAAGUGUAUGGAGUCUUGCCAGAUGUCCGAGUCACUGCCUAUGUGCGUCUGUGUAGGUGUGCUAUAUGUUUGAUGGUACUCCCUGAAUAGUGUUACGUGAAACUUUUGCAAUAGGAAACCUUUGGACAAAGGGCCUUCUGUAUAAGUUUGCUUUUUAUAAAGACAAGCUUUGAUAGGCUGGCUUUUUUUUAGCAUUGUAUAUAAAUAUAUACAAGAUAUAAUAUUGUGAAUUGCAAAUCCCCCUUCCACUCAAUUGAAAGCACAAAUAGGUUUAUUUCUUGACAUAAAUGCCAAAUAUAUUUCCAGAACCCUUAACUAUGAAGUUGUACAAUGCAAACACUAUUAGGUAUGCUAUUUCUCAUACAUUUCCCUCACUUUGUAAUGCACUUUCAUGUGGUUUUGUACACAUUGUAGUUCAAAUUGGGACACACAUUUGGCUUUGAGGUAAAGUGACAGAGGUGUUAUAUUUGAAAUGUAAACCACUACCUAUAGUCAAGAGAAGGCUGGGUUUUUGUUUUUUUUUUCCACAGGGAUGAUGUGUUUAUAUUGAUGGGUUCAAGUGCCCUGAGAGGUCUGAAAACUAUCAUGGCUGUCUGUUACCUAAUGUUUUGCAUCUUAAUGUUGAAAAGUUUAUUUUGCAGCUACCACCACACGUGUCUGUCUGUUACUAUACAGCCACGUUUUCCUUUCUCCUGCUCUUAGAAGGAUUCGCUAUCUUCUCUCAGUCAGGAGCCCAUCUGCCCCUUACCUACUUGUAAACUCGGGCUGGGUUCAGUGUUAACCAGGGCAGAGUUGUUUUGAGGGAAUUUGUCAUGCAGCUUAGCAUUUGAAAUUCCAAAUGACAAGCAAAACUACAAAUGUAUUUCAAGAUAUUUGACCUCGAGUUUUUUUGUUUUUUCUUGCCCUAAAUUCAGAGGUAGCAUGGGGGUGUUUUACAAGGCUGGAUCAAUGAGCAGGCAUGCUCCCUUUGUCACAACUUAAGUAACCUCUAACAUCAGUGUCAAUGCUUUCGUUACUGGUAAAACUACAAUUGCAUCAUGCCAUCUCAUUGCUCCUGUUACUUGAAAUGCCACCCAGUGUCUUUGCACAAACCCUAUUUUAAAUUACAUGACAGUAUUUUUAAAUUUACCACUAAAAAAUAUGGGUUACUCUGCAUGUUUUACUAUAGAUGUAAAUAUGUUUUGGAUUUUUAUAUUGUUUUGUUUCUUUCCAUGCUCUCACAAGCAUUUGUGUUUAAUAAAAUUUUUAAUCUUCUGUACAAA